CUUGAAUCCAUCAACACUGGCGCCCGAAUUUGAGAUUCCAGCCUGAGCCAGCAAGCAUUAUCUCGUUCGUCUAGCACGACCAAUUCCCAGCAACAACCCGCAGCGGCCCCAUUCCACUCAGAACGAGCUUUACAGCGGAAAAGGAAGCUGCUUUGCGGAAAUGGAUGAAAUUGUGGGGAGGAUUGAGUUAGAGGACCCCGACGGCGGAGGAAACACGACCAGUAACAUGUCGUUGGCAGGGCAAGAUGAAACAGUGGAAGUCUUGACUUCAGCUGCGGACUCCCAGAAUUCGAUGGAGUCCCUCGAGACGGACAAUACGGAACAAGAGUCCCAAACGGAGACUGAAAACGCGAUGACAACAACCGACAAGGCAAGUGACCUGAAGGCGCUAUCUGCUGGCGACUCCGACGGCAACGCGGUAGUUUCUGAGCCUGCUAGUGCGGAGGAAGAUUCAGCGGGCGACGCGCGAACUGCUGGCGAGACAAGCGACGGGAUGAGCACGGAAGGUCACUCGAACACGGAGGCCUUGAUAGCCGGCUCACGGGAGCUUGAGCCCGGCCAUGGAGGGCGGCAGGAGGAGAGCCAAGCGGAGAGUGAAGCGUCGCAGGCUGCAGUCGCUCGCGAGGCGACAGACCCUUCGCAUGAAAGUGGCAGCGUCGCAGAGGUCGGGGAGACGGGCGGCGCGCAGAGUGAUGACGUGGGGUCUGGUGCGAAGGAGGGGACUAGCGACGCGGCGGAUGAGGAGAGGAGCAGUGGCCGGGCGGAGGAGGAAGGCGCUGACGGCGCUGAGCACGCGUGCAAGGUGGGAAACGCUGCCGAGGAAGCGCGCGCGUCGAAUUUCGAUAGUGCGAAUGGUGCUGUAGCUGAGGAUGUGCCGAAUCUGAGCGACGCAGCAGCUGAGGAUGCGACGGAUCUGAGCGACGCAGCGGUCCAGCCAGGCACCUGCCAGGAGCCAGCAAACGCAGCAGCAAGCACGGAAGACGCAAGCGCAGCUGAUGCCGAUGCCAACGCAGGCGAACAGGCCGUGGCCGAGGCCGAUGAGGAACCCGCAACCAGUGAAAAGCCACUGGCAGCCAUCGCGGCAGUCGACGAGGCGGCCGCUGUGGGUGAAGGCGCGGGCGCAAGUGCUGCCGGCUCCGCGGGUGAGGGCGCUCCUGCCGCUGCUUGCGCGGAGGCGGAGGGCCCAGUGUACGAGUCCGCGCAGGGCGACGGGGCUGCGAGUGACGCGACGACGGCUGUCGCGGUGGAGGCGCGUGCAGCAAGUGAGGGGGUCGCCGGCGACAAGGAGGAGGAGUCGGGAGAAGAGCAGGCGAGUGGUGCGGCGACUGAGGUGGCGACAGACACGUCUGAUGCGGCGCCAGUCACGGCGGCCGAGGCGGUGAGCUCAGCGGAAGGCGAGGAGGCGGAGGUGAGAGAGGGUGGGGUGAGUGAAAGUGGGGAGGCCGAAAGUGCGGCGAGGGAGGGCGGGGUCAUGGAGAUGGGCGAGAGCGCUGAUGCCCGUGCGGGCACGGGCGAGGUCGCAGGGCGUGUGGGGCAUGAGAAGAGUGCAAUAGCGGGGGAUGUGGAUAUCGGGGUAGUUCAUAGCGAGGAGACGGAGGGACUUGCGGGGAUUGAUGGGGUUGAGAAGAGUGGGGAGGCGGAGAGAGAGAGGAGCAAGGAGGCAGAAGAGGCAGAGGGAGGGGAGGUGACGCGUGGGGAGGUAGCGGGGGAAAUGGCGGUGACUGAGGGCGAUGCGAAUGGGGAGAAGGAAGGGGGGGAGGCGGGUUCAGGUGAGGGGGUGGCGGGGGAGGGCGUGAGCGAGGGGGGAGGAGGGAACGGCGCGCUGUGCGAGGGGGCAGAGAGCGGAGAGGCCGAGGCAGCCGGCGACAAGGGUGAAGCUCUGGAGGCGGAAGGGGCGGAAGGCGCAGACGGAAGAGUGGCGGCAAGCGGGGAGAUUGCAGAAGAGGCGGAAGGGGCGGAAGAUGCAAAGAUCAGCGCAGCAGAGGGCGAGUGCCGCGCAGAGCGGAUGGAUGACGAUGGGGGGCAGGGAGAGGCGAGCGGCGCUGUGGAGGAGAGAGCUGAGGCGCAGCAGGCGCAGGAGGCGGAGGAGGCGGAGGAGGCGGAGGAGGCGGAUGUUGGCAGCGCGGCGAGCGAGGGGUCGGUGGAGGAGUUGCGGCUGCUGGCGGACGUGCUGGCGCUCAUGGACUCGGACGACUCGGGGUCCUCUCAUGGCUCCAAUCGCUCCUCGGCUGCCUCCUCCGAUGGCGACUCUGCAUCGGACGGUCCCGCGCCUCUUGCUGAUGUGGCGAAACACGAGGAUGGUGAGCCCGCUGGAGCCGCGGCGCAGGUGAAUGCUCAGGUGGAAGAAGCAAUGAAAGUACACGUGGCGACGAUCGAAGCGAAGGCUGCCGCCACCAUUGCCGCUGCCGUUGAGAGCCGCGUCGCUGCCGGUUUGAAGGAGCUGACCGCUGAGCUGGAAGCCAAGCUGGCCGGGCAGCUGGAAGAACGCGUAGCAGCCCGGAUUGAAGAAAAGAUGAACGCACGCAUGGAAGAGCGGCUGGCUGCUGACGUGGCGACGCAGGUUUCGGUGCGACUGGCGGAGAUGGAGGCGGAAUGGAAGGAACGGGCAGCUGGGGGAGGGUGGCAGGGGGGAGCGGAGCACCAGCACGCGCAGGGGCAGGCGCAAGGCGCGGGGAAGGUUCCCGCGCAGGGGCAGCAGGGGCAGGCGGGAUGGCAGAAGUGGAUGCUGUGGGGCGCGCGGGAGGACGACAUGCGUAAGCAGGCGGACGAGGAGCGGCGGAAGGAGAUGGCGCGCGUGAGGGAGCAGCUGGAGGAGCAGUGGGGCGCGGAGAUCCACAAGCUGCAGGCGCUCAUGCAGGCGGAACGCGCCAUCUCCGCGGAGCGCCUGCAGGCGCUGGAGCGGCGCUGGCAGCGCAGGGAGGCGGAGCUGGCGGAGGAGAUCCGCGCGGUGCAGGAGGUGGCGGUGAUGAAGGUGGCGGCGGUGGAGGAGCGGUGGGGCGCGAAGGAGGCGGGGAUGCUGCAGGCGAUGGCGGAGGAGAUGCAGCGCCAGGUGGCGGAGCUGAAGGCGGAGCAGGCGGGGUGGGUGGGGCGCGUGGAGGACAUGCGCUUCCGCGUGUCCGCGGAGCUCAAGCAGGCGGAGGGGAAACUGCAGGCGGCGCAGGAGGCGUGGGCGGGGCGGCUGGCGGAGAUGCAGGCGCAGGCGGACGCGGGGCGGCUGGCGGACGUGGGGAGAUUGGUGGAAAUCGAGCGCGAGUGGGAGGGGAAGCUGGCGGAAGUGCGGAAGCACGUGGAGGAGGAGAGGCGGAGGGGUGUAAAGCGGUGCAAAGUGGUGGAGGAAGCUGUAGGCAAGAAGAUGGAGGAGAGCCGGCGGGCGGCAGAAGAGGAGCUGGGGAAGGUGCUGCAGGGGGAGGCGGAUGCGCGCAAGGCGCAGGCGGAAGCCGCGUCCGCGCGGGUCGCGGAGAUCGCCGCGCAAGUGGAGGAAUCCGCGCGGCAGGCGGAGGAGGAGCGCAAGCGGAACCUGAAGCGCGCGGCGAAGAUUCUCAAGGAUUGCACGGGGAAGGCGGAGGCGGUGGAGCAGCGGGUGGCGGAGGCGGAGAAGCGCCUGGACGCGGAGCGCAAGGCGCAGCGCGAGGCGGUUGCGCGAAUCCACGCGCAGCUGGAGAUGAUGGAGGUGGCGUGGGGGAAGCGCGUGGAGCAGACGAAGGCGGAGGUGGCGGAGAUGCAGGCGGAGGCGCGCGCGCAGAGGCGGCGGGACGAGGAGGCGCUGGGCGCGGUGAAGGCGGAGUGGGCGGAGUGGGCGGGGGAGCUGCAGACGCAGACGCAGGCGGCGCUGGGGGACGACGCGAAGAAGCUGGAGCUGCUGGACGAGGUGGUCCUGCUGCUCUUUUCCUCCCACGUCCGCGCCCAGCUCUCCUCCCUGCGCCAGCGCCUUGACGACACCACACAGACGCAUGCAGACAAACUGCGCCACCUCGAGGACCACAUCGCCGCCCGCCUCGACGCCACACGCAAGCGGCUGGACGAGGAGCGGCGGGCGGAGGGCGAGCAGCUGCAGCAGUGGGAGCGGCUGUGGGGGGUGGCGGCGGACAGCAAGUGGGGGGAGACGGUGGGGGAGAGACACUGGAGGGAGGCAGAGCGGUUGAGAGAGGUGCAGGAGCAGUGGGUAGGGCGUGUGGGGGCGCUGAGGAAGCGAGAGGAGGAGGAGAGGCAGGGCGUUGGGGAGAGGCUGAGGAAACUGGAGGAGCGGCUGGAGAAGGGGGGAGAGGGAGCAGGGGGAGGGGAGGAAGGGGAGAGUGGAAGUGGGGUUGGGAAUGGGGGAGGGAGUGGGGGAGGGGGAGGAGGGGGGCUGGCCGCGUGGAGGGAGAUGGCAGGGCGGGAGGUGGAGAGGGUGAGGCGGGAGGUGGAGGGGAAGGGGCAGGCGGACGGGGAGAGGGUGGGGGCGAUGGAGGGGCAGUGGCGCAGCAGGUGGGAGGAGGUGGAGGCGGCAGCGGAGGCGGACAGGAAGAGGCAGCACUGCACCAUCCAGCAGCUCAUGGAGACCGAGGCGGAGCGAGUGGUAGCAGCACGAGCCGCCCUGGACCGCUACGGCAUGGGCGUGGUGCAGCGCGGCACGCUGCGCUUCUCCCACCACCCCGACAUCCCCGACCGCGAUGCCUCUCUCCUGCUGCAGGCACUGCGCCGCUUCCGCCCCCAUCUGCUUCCCACCAUCACCGCGCUCUCCUUCAGCUGGGGCUCCCCCCCGGGCUGUAAGAACAUCACUGGGGAGGCGCUGGAGCACGCUGCCUGCCUGCCGUCGCUCAAGUCGUUGGAUCUCCGCUGCUGCGCCGGGCUGACCCCAGACGGGCUGCGCCACAUCAGCAAGCUGACUCAGCUGGAGCGGCUAGAGCUGUGCGACAUGCGCGGCGUGACGGACGCGGUGCUUGCACAUGUGGCGGAGAUGCGGGGCUUGCGGUUUUUGGAUGUGAGCGGGUGUGUGGGAGUGACGGAUGCAGGCAUGCUGCAUGUGGCGCGCAUGGUGGGGCUGCGGCAGCUGAGGAUGACUGGCUGUCCGCAGGUGACCAGCGCUGGGGUGAGCCUGCUGCCAGGCUGUGUGCAGGUCACACGGUGAAUGUGAGGGGCGCAUGGGAUGACAUCCAUGGGGGUGGGUGGAUGGCGUGCAGGGCUUGCAGGAUGCUAAGUGGCACAGCCUACGAUGGUGUGGUGUCCAGGGUGCAAUGCAGUAGAUCAAGAGACCAUAUAGCUGCGGCUGUUAGCGGGUGUUCCCUCUUCUUGCUGUGAUUUCCAUAUACUUGGAGCUAGGCUUCUCUUUAUUGGUACUUUUUCUCGGUUCUGUUUAUCUUUGUUUGCUGUUCUUUGGCCUUCAAAAAAAGAGAAGUGCAGUA